AUGUCUGCUCAAGACGAAUUCAACCGUCUCGUCGCCAGCAAUCAGGACAAAUUUUCCAGUCAUCCUGAAGACCGCCAUACUUCGGACCGUGACUCCCACUCGGCCUCAGACGACGACGACGACAACGACCACGAUCACGCUCACCAUUCCGAUUCUGAAGACUUCGACCCCACCAUGGGUACCCGCACAGCUACAUACAAGGUCCCCCGGACCGUCUACGACGCAAACACCGGGCCCAAGGGUGUCAUUGCCGAUGCGCAGGCCUUUGAGCGCGCGCGCAAACGGUCUUUCCGCCGGACCCUGCUCGGUGCGGCCGGGAUCGACUACGGGCAUCACCCCAAGUCGGUGACAGAUGAUGCGACCCUGCUGCAGCACUCGUCACCCACGGAUGGGUCGGCGAGCGAGGAGGACGAGGAGCAGUUCAUGCGCGAGUGGCGGAAGUCGCGCAUGCAGGAACUGCAGAGUCGGAACCUGCGCCGCGUUAGUCCCCGGGGGAAGAUGUAUGGGUCUGUUGAGACCGUGGAUGCGGUGGGGUACUUGGAUGCCAUCGAGAAGGUUGCCUCGGACACGGUCGUGGUGGUGUGUGUGUUUGAUCCGGAGUCGAAAGUGAGUUCCCUCGUGGAAGACUGCCUCGACACCAUUGCGCGCCGGCAGCCAACCGUCCACUUCAUCAAGCUGGAUCACGAAAUCGCCGAAAUGGACCACAUUGAGGCCCCCGCGCUGCUCGUCUACAGAGGCGGUGACGUAUUCGCGACUAUCGUCGAGAUCAUGAAACAGAUCCCCAAGGGCCGCAGUCUUAGCGCUGAUAGUCUGGAAGAUCUUCUCAAGUCGUAUGUUGACCCCGUUCCUCCUUCCUGCCUAGGUUCUCUUCGCUGA